AUGCCGUGGCUCGUGUUUUUUCUGUCGCUGCUCUGCUGCUCGGCUCUAGAAAUAACCGAGGCGUUACGGGUCGUUGGCACAUGGAAGUCCGAUGAUCGGCCAGUUCAAAUCCUUGCAAAAUUUGGCUUCCAGCAAGUGGACCCUCUGGAUGCGGAACACACCCGGGGAUUCGUUUACGGCAACGUUUCCUCUCGCUCUGAUAGUGGAGCCCGAGGAGUACUGGUCAUAGUGCCAAGAACACAUAUUGCUGCAUUUUUGGAUGAAUCCGCUCAAAAGCAGCAUUCAUCAUCUUGUGGCGCAUUGCUGCAGAAUAUGAGUUUAUUGGCGUUCGAUGCAAAAUGCUUUCCAAAAGGUAAAGGAGAUGUUAUGCGAUGGAUUCCUUGUGCACAAGGGAAGCUUUGUGCUGAAGAAGACACACCUGAGAAAGUAAUAGCUGGAUCACAGAUGACACUACGAAUCGAGGAGCCUUCGGUGCCACAGUACUGGUACGUUGUACUGGUUGCGUGCUACUUGGAUGAUCAAUGUGUGUGGAAGCCGUCUGUUGAUGAAGUGAUCGUGCAGUAUGAUCUGUGGCUCACGAACGGAAGCCCGCUAAUGCGCUAUUUGAACCCGUUUGGCCAUCAAUUCAGUUUCGAAGAACAAAAUUCGGCAGAAAUGUACAUUCUGUUUUUGGUGCUCUAUCUGAUACUUGCAUUUUGUCAGUGGCGUUCGGUGACAAUGUGCAGUCAAGCCACUACGUUACCUCGCCAUCAGUUGCUCAAUGCGGUCAUUGCACUGAAAGUCACUGAAGACGACAAGGACAGUCAGGGCAUUCUGAUUGCUCGUCUUGUUGGCGAGACGGCUCGAUUGCUGUCAAUAUGCUUGUUGUGCUUGUUGUUAGUGUUGCUGAGUUGCGGGUGGUCAUUCAGCACGGACAGUGAACUAUCAACUUAUUUUCCCACUCUCAUCCUCUGGGCACUCCUUACAGUUGCACAUUUUGUGCUUUUUUUCAUGAACUUUGUGAGUUAUUUAGCGUCUUUUAACGAGAUACUUUUUAAUAUUUUAGGCAAAACUCACUUGGAAUGA